AUGCAGGAAGAUGAGCCGUCUUUGAAUAUCCCGUCCCUCCUCACGCUAGCGGUUGUCUCGUUCUUCGUGCUGCGAUGGUUCUUUAACCGUGAUGAGGGUUCUUCGGCUGGCGGCAGGCCCCGCGCGCGAGGAAAUGUUGUUGACCCGGCGCAGGUCGAGCAGAUCUCCCAGAUGUUCCCACAGCUGAGCACCCGGGAUAUCAUGUGGGAUUUGCAGCGCAAUGGGGGUAGUGUUGCGGCGACGACGGAGAGGAUUUUGACCGGCCGUGGACUGGAAACGCCACCCCCAUCCUUCCAACCCCCGAUCGCGAUUCCCUCAGUGAACGCCCAACCCACACAGGCCACGCGAGCCGCGUCGGCGUCAAAGGGAAAUGGGCAGGACUUGAUCUCUAGAUAUAAUUUGAGCGGAAAGAUUGCGGCCGAUAGCUCCGCAGAGUCAGCUCCCGCCCCAGCGUCUACGAGCGCAUGGUCUCAGAAUAAAGAGGAGCGGCAGCGGUUGCUGCAGAAGCGUCGGGACGAGAUGAUUCUCGCGGCGCGAAGGAAGAUGAUGCAGAAGGAUCAGGGAAACACCCAAUGA